AUUUCUCGCCAAUUCCUCUUCUUCUCUCUCACUCUUCCCACCUCUCUCCCGCCAACCUCCCUCGACGCAAUGCCCUCCCUAACUUAAUCACUGUCGCCAAUCUCUCGCCGAGAGCACGCACACUCAAUCGAUCAAUCCCUCCCGCGAACGACCGAAACCAAACAUUGGACGACGGCCGAUCGACGGAAACAAUAACACCGGCCACAGGCCCCGCUCCCGAGCGACACCUCCGGACGACCCGGACCAAAACAUCUCGACACCACCCCGUCCGAUCAUAACCUCGAGAUAAGAACCCGAUCAGACGACGACGGCGACGACAUCCAAACUACCGCCCACCAUGCUCCAUUCCCGCGCCCUCCUCGCCUACCCCCAUGGCGCAAACGACUCCGACACAAUCCUCGGCGGCGUCCACUUCAACCUCACCGUCCUCCGCUUCUGGAACUACACCCUCUACACAAACGGCACAGUCUCCAACGGCUCGAACUGCUACGUCACAGAACAGCCCUACACGCCAGUCUACCUCCUCCCCAAUGGCACUUUCCAAAACUCAACAUGGUGCUACGACCCCGUAAACCCAAUCGGCAAGCGCGCCGGCGUCGGCGUAGGCUUCGGCGUCGUCUACGCCUUUGCCCUCAUGUUUGUCCUCGCGAACCUGAACCGCCACGGACGGCACUACCUCCCGACGACGAAGCGGUUCUAUCCCAUUGGACGUCGGUGGCAGUGGUACUAUGCGAUUCUGGUCUGCGUUGCGGCGUUCAUCAGUCUGUUUACCAAUAUUGACGUCGAUCGCUUCUACGUCAUUGGUUUGCCGAUUAUCAUCAACAGCUUCUUCUGGUACCUCAUGCAAAUGUUCACCAUUGCGCUCGUAUGGGAGGCCGUCCGCCACUGGGGAAGCUGGAGCGAGAGACAGGCCAUCGACCCGGACCCCUUCUCCCUGCGCGAGGGUGAUCGCCGAAGCAAGCUCGAGUUCUGGAUGCCAUUGUGGUUCUACCUAUGGCUCUGGCUGGUAUGUCCCCUCAUCUCGCCGUCAAACUCACUGAAGAAUAUUACGAUCUUAACGAGUCGUAUACAGAACUUCUUCCUCAUCAUCCCCCGCAACUGGGGUGAAAUCGAAAAACAACGCUCCCCAGACCAAACGGCCGCCCGCGCCGCGCCCUCCGCAACAGACGCCCGCUUCAAAGCAGCAACCUUCUGCCUCGUAGUCUGCUUCCUCACCAUCCUCGCCUCCCUCCGCCACUCCAUAAAACACUACUACCCCCGCAACCGCGGCCCCCUCAACAAAUUCGCCGGCCUCCUCCGCUACACCCCCUGGCGCUUCCUCCUCAUCCUGCCCCUAACAGCCUGCCUCAUCGCCUACCAGGGCCUCGUCUCCUGGAACUUUGCCUACUCUGUAUUGAACGCAAAAGCAAGCCUGGCGGCCGUCUACGCGGGAGGGUAUGGUCCUGCUCUUUUGAUCUUGUACACCCAAAUCGCAUACGGCUUCACCUCCCCCAACGAAGACAAGGAACUCAUCCGCCAGCGCCGUGAGCGCGGGACGCAAAUCGAUCGCGAGAUGGGAUACGUGCCCAAACCGGCCUGGUGGCGCCGCGCAAAGAACAACGAUCACUUGGUAAGCCAGAUGAGCAUGCGCGAGCGCAUCGCCCGCAACGUCCGCGAACUAGGCGGCGGACGCGCCACAGGCCGCGGGAUAGAUGAGACCCUCGAAGCGCGCGCGGCAGAGCAGGAGCAGCAGCAAGCGACCGCGGAACGAGAGAUUGAAAUGGGCAGUUUCAACGGUCGUUCAUCGAGACCGAAUUCCAUGCAUGGGUCCUUACGACCUGGCUUUGACGCAACGGAUCCGUCAACGUUUACUUCGUAUACCGGGAAAUCAGACCGCCGGAGAAAUGAGAGGGCGAUGAACGCCGCUGCGGAACUUCUAUUCCCCGGCGCCGGACCUCGUGUCGACCGUUCCGCGGAACUGAUGCAGGAUGGCCCGCCGCCGCCGUCAUACACCGACGCUCAGAGCGGUAGCGGAGGUCUCGGCGCGGGACGGGGACGGACGCCGGACAGCGGGUCAACUGCUCAUGGGCCGGGGGAGAGGAGUCACAGCGCGAGUACCGCCGUGUCCAUGACGCAGCAGCCGCAGCAAGUGAAGAGUAUGUUGGAUAUUUGAUUGGGAGACGCCCACAUAGGAUGGGAUAUUGGAAAUUAUAAACGUCACGAGGUAUGAUGAUUAGUCAAGAGAAUGUAUUUAGUGUAUAUCUGUCACCGGCGUUUCGAAGGUCUAGUAUCUGGUAUGUAGAGUCCAGUUAUAUCUAGACCAGCGCCCAGGUAUUGUUCAAAAAUAUAAUGCUAAAAUUAUUGUCAACAUCAUGUUCAUAGAUUUGGUUCUCGUAGUAUGGUUCUCGGCGUCUCUAUGGCAC